CAACAGUCCAAGAGACGAGUCACUUGGUCGUGGGAUAACAUUAAAAAAAGAGUUACCGCGUUUAUUCGAAGUGUGGCGUUAGUCCAACACAACGCUGAGUGCUUAUCACCGACCGCGAUCGCAGUCCUCGGAAUCCGUGGGAAAAAAAGUCGCGUGCCCUCGUCUUCGCUCCAGUUUUUACGCGCCUGGUGAACAUUUGGAUGACAAAACGACGCUCGGCUCGUUUGCAGCAGGUGUUGAAGAACCCAGACGCGGUGCCACAAUACAACCACUGACCUACGCUGCUCUUCAAGAAAAAACUCCAAGUUGUCUGACAUAGCGAGUCAUAUCUGCAAAAAAACAUGCCGAGGUCCAACAGGCAACGAGAAUACAAACCAGGAGAUCUUGUAUUUGCUAAAAUGAAGGGCUACCCACAGUGGCCUGCGAGGAUUGACGAGUUACCCGAAGGAGCCGUGAAGUCCCCCUCCAACAAGUAUCAGGUGUUCUUUUUUGGGACACAUGAGACGGCAUUCCUAGGGGCCAAGGAUUUGUCCCCGUACGACGAAAAUAAGGAGAAAUUUGGGAAAGCGAACAAGAGGAAAGGCUUCACCGAGGGACUCUGGGAAAUUGAGAACAACCCCACAGUCACACAUGAAGGCUACGAGUCAUCGAAGAAGGAUAGCGCGUCAGAAGAAGCAGGGGACACUGCAAGUUUGGAGAAAGCAGACGCCGAGGGCAGCAGUGAUGAGGAUGAAGGCGCCCUCGUCAUCGACGAGAAGAACGAGAGGGCAGGAGCCAAACGGAAAGCGGAGGAGCCCACAGAGGCGUCACCCAAGCGGCCGAAGGAUACAGAGGCAGAAGCUGAUCCCAAAGUAGACCGCACCAAGGCUAAUGCUAAUGCUAAUGCCGAGGCCAAGCUCAACGAUGUGGCUGAACCCAAGGCAACGGCUCCCUCUUCACAGAGCGAGUCCAAAGCAGAGGCCCAGGAAAAGGCUCCAGCAGGAGGCCAGCUAAAGGCAGAUAAGCCUGUGACAGACAGCGCUUAACGGCAACUCAGAAGAAAACCAAGAACCUUUUACGCUUUUUUUUCUGGAAUUUAAGCACCAUGUUUACCAGUUGGAUGCCAGAUUUGAGCUGUUUAAUUAAUAGAAGAAUUAAAAAAAAACUAAGUGUUUGUAUUGAGAGACAAACAAAUCCUCAUUUGCUAUUUUUGGGAUAUCAUAUAUCCCUGUUUGCUAAUCUGAUUUCAAACAAUUGAACUGAGCAAUUUAAUGCUCAUUUAUAAAUGGGAUUUUGGUGUGUGUAUAUAUUUUUUAUUUCUAAGUGCAAUUACAUUAUUACAGAGACUGAAUGCUAGGUGUCAAAACAUUUGUUCAGUUUAGAGGGAAAGAACACUGAAAUAUAGAAAAUAAAAAAAGGAGACCAUUUAAACAUCCAUCAGCAGCAAACACUGAUGGUUUCAAAACGUAAAUAUUGUACAGGAAUAAGAACAAAUUCUCACCAGUGCUCUCAGCUUUAGUUCAUUAAAUAAAUGUAUUACUUCUGUAUCUGUUUCACCCAGUUCAUCGGCUUCAUCAUAUAUUCAGUCAUCGGAUAUAUAAUGAGUUGCACUUUCAGAAUUUGUUUUUUACCCUGCUACUGUCUAGUUCACUGUAUGAUGUUUUUAUGCAACGCAGGUUUUGUUGCUUCGUGUAGUGAAUGCUUGAUUUGCAGGUGACAAAAUUUACGUCAUUCAAUUCACCAGCUUAAAUAUUCAAAAUCCAUCUGAGAAGACCUGUUGCUGGAUUAACCGGCAAACUUUCAACUCAAAUCUCAAUUUAUCAAGGUAUUAUUACAAGUUAAUUUAUGCGCCUGUUGCAUUUAUUGGUUGUACCAAAUACGUUUCUUUUGCAUCUCUGACAUUGUCAGUGCCAACAAGUGAUAUGUAGAAUUUGUGAUUUUUGGAAAGAAUUCAAAUAAGAAAACAUAACUGAGUCAUCUGUAAAACAUCGUUUUCUGAACCUUUUGGUAUCCAAUCAUCUUAACUGGAAUAUGAGUCUGUUUUACUUGAAUGGUCUUAUUAUUUUGGCUGUGAAACAAAAUUUUGAUGUUCUAAGGAUGUGUUUUAUUUCAACAUUUGAUUAGAUAACUUGUUCAAAAUGUGGUGUUUUUUCUUUUUUCCCCACAAUUCGUUUCUUUUCUUUUAAGCUUCUAGUGAUUUUUUUUAAGCUUUUAGUGAUUCAUUUAUUUUUUUUUGUAAUGCUCAGCCUGCUCAACAUGUUACGUGGAUGUCAAUGUCACUGCCUUUUAUUUGUUUUGGAGUCCACAGGUGACCAAACCAUAAACUGAAGGGAAGUCUCAACCUUUACCUCGCCUCAAAUCCGUUGUGCUUAAAAUGGCUUACACCCACCUCAAAAAUACCACUGAUUUCAAACAAUAAGAUGGUAAAAGUGGGCCCCCUCCUGUCACAUGUAAAUUCCAGGGGUAGGAUUUAGCAUUACAGUGUAAUUCUUGGUUGUUUUAUAAUUUAUGUCCAUAACUGUCAUUCAUCUUAAUCUACUGCUUAGUUUGCUGUUGUAGUUGCAAGUCCAUUUAAUAAACAUGUUGAUUACAAAAAAAGGUU